AUGCCAAAUCCAGAACCCAUUCCUCUCAUACUCCAAACAAACUGUCAUGAGAAAACUGUAACAUUUUUGGAUAACAAUAAUGUCGAGAAUACUAAAAACAUUCGGGUGACGUCAAAUAUAACAAUAUCACCGAUCGAUUUAAAGAUGUUUAAAGUCUCGCAAUCAAGUACACCUAAAAUAAAGCUAGAAAUGUAUCAGAGAAAAGUAUCAAGUGCACAUCACGUCAGUCAGUCCAGUUGUGAUUACGCAAUGGCAGAUGACAUUUCCACUGUAAUUCCAAGUAUUAACCACAAUGACGAAAGAAUUAUGACUAGAAUCCGUUCGUGUAAGAAUAAUAAGAAAGUAUCUGCAGAUGAAACCAGUCUUACAGAAAAUGAAAUAGAGGAAUCAGGAGACGAUUCGGAUAAAUCUUACAAAGCUACAGAAUCUGACAAUGAAUCCAUUGAGAAUGAAAGCGAACUAUGCGAAGAUCAGUCUGAGGAUGAAAAUGGAGACAAUGACUUACACAAUAGUAAUUUACCUCCUAGAGUUAGUCAGGGAUCUCAAAAUACUUCAUCGUCACUUAUAAACUCAUUCAACAUGCCCGGAAAUUCUGGAUGGGAUGACAAUGACGUGAUCGCUGAAUUGACAUGUAACAAAGGGAAUUCAAAAAAAGACUUUUGUAUUUUUUGUAAAGAAGAAAUCUUGAAAAUUGCUCGUCAUUUCGAAAUUAAGCAUCGUGAUGAACCCGAAGUUCAAAGUUUUUUAGAUCUGAAAAAAAAAUCAGCUGAACGUAGGCGUGCAAUUGGAAUGUUACGAAAAAAAGGAAAUUUUGAAUUUAAUAAGAAACAAACGUACAAUCAUAAAGAUCAUAAACCUGGUGUGAUUAAAGUUGUAAGAUGUCCCAAUCAAGAAAGCAAACAAUCUGGUGGGAAUUUUGCACCAUGUUCAAAUUGCAAAGGAUGGUAUACAAAAAACAAUCUUCGUCAUCACUACCCUGCUUGUAAGGGUAAUGCUGCCAAUAGUAAAGGUAUUCUUGCUAAAGCACGUAAGCUACAAGGGCAAAUACAUCAACGUGCUUCCAAAGAUAUGCGUUAUAAAAUUCUACCCGCAAUGAAGUUAAAAAAUCACGUUCGUCUCAUCAGAUAUGAUUUAUUGAUUAUUUUAUUUGGUAACGAAGAGUGUAUGAAGUAUAAAAAGCGUAAUCUCGCUCAAAUGAUUCGAGGAAAAUUAAGCUUAAUUGCACGAUUUUUUACGGUAGUGAAACGAAAAGAGCCUACUGUUAGUGACUUUGCUUCUAUAUUUGAUCCGAUAAAAUAUCAUGCAGUUAUUGACGCGAUCAACGAGUUUGCUGGCUUGGAUGAAGAAUCUGGGUAUUAUCAAGUCCCGUCUAGAGCUUCCGAAAUUACUACCAAUAUUAACAAAAUGGGACAGAUAUAUAUUAGUGAAUGUAUUAUUAACAACGAAGAUGAAAAAAAACAAAAGGUUGAAAACUUUUUACUUCUAUGCAAACAAGGAUUUGCCAACAUCAUUAAUAGAACUGUGAUGGAAACCCGAAUAAUGCAACAACGUCAAAAAGUUAUCGAACUACCUCGAACAGACGAUAUACAGCGAUUAUCUGAGUAUUUAGAUAAAAAAAUCAGCAAAAAUCGUAAAAAAUUGAAGACCAACUUUAGUAAACUCGUAUGGCGUGAUCUAGCUGAAGCAUUAUUAGCGCAACUGCAGUUAUUUAAUCGAAAACGUGCGGGGGAGUUAGAAAGAUUUGAAAUUCAGGAUUACGAAAAAAUGACAUUCAUCACAGAAAAAGACGAAGGUUAUGAAUUACUGUCUGAGUCAGAUAAAAAAGCAGCCAAAGAAUAUGGUCGUGCUACAAUAUGUGGUAAACUACAUAAAAAUGUGCCAUUGCUGCUUAAUUCAAAAGUUCGAAAAGGUCUUAUUGAGUUGUUGAAAUUUCGUACUGAGGCAGGAUACUGUUUUAAGAAAAUUUUCGGAAGAAUGUGGAGCUGA